AGGGCAAUUGUUUGAUAAAAAACACUCCUCUACAAUAUGAUUCACCCAUUUAACUCUAUUUUUUACCAGCCUCAUUUCACCUAUCCAUCUCUCAUCCUCAUCAGCGGCUUUAUUUUUUUUAACCUUUUGCUAUGGAGGUCUUCACAGGCGACCGACAACUACCAAACGACGACGUCGAGUUCCCAGUACACUUGACGCCUUUUCCCGAAGCUUCCCACAUACUCUACGACGAUCGGACGGCGGAGAUUCCGCCGCCGCCGGAGACGGAACACCACUCCCAGCCGCCGCCGCAGAAGCUCCGUCCGAUCAGAUGCCACGGUCGGACCUUGCCGGAGUAUUCAUAUCCUACGGUGGCUGAAAGAAGCGGGGGUCUACUGAGUUGUGAUGCCGAGUUAGGGUUUCUGACUCAGCUACUCAAUGGAGGAAGUACAUCUGAAGUUCCGGCGAUGCAGCAGAAAAUGAAGUCGGAGAUUAAUGCUGAGUGUUUGAAUUUAAUCUCUGCGGGGCCUCUUUUUGAAGCCGAAUUAAGUUCAUCUUCAGAUGAUGAUGGUGAUUCAUCAGAAGCCAUGACAGAACCUUCAAAUCGUAAGAGGAAGAGAAGAACAAGGAAAAAGCUCGAAUUGUAUCUGGAAAAUAUGAUAAGGAAGGUGAUCCAAAGGCAAGAGCAGAUGCAUAAACAGCUGAUAGAGAUGAUAGAGAAGAAGGAAAAGGAAAGAAUCCAGAGAGAAGAAGCUUGGAAGCAGCAAGAGAUUGAAAGGGCAAAGAAGGAUGAGGAAUUAAGAGCCGAAGAGAGGUCUCGUAGCCUAGCUCUCAUUUCCUUCAUUCAGAAUUUGCUAGGCCAUGAAAUUGAAAUCCCCAAAUCGUUGGAAACUUCAUGCCCAGAAAAAGAUGAAUGCGAAAUACAUGAUCAGAAAGAUCUCAGGUUUGAUCCGUGUAAUAAGAGAUGGCCAAAAUCUGAAGUACAAGCCCUCAUUACAGCUCGAACUGCUUUGGAUCAUAAGUUCCAAAAGGGACCGAAAGGCUCCAUAUGGGAAGAGGUAUCUGUUGGAUUGUCUAACAUGGGUUAUAGCCGAAGUGCGAAGAAGUGCAAAGAGAAAUGGGAAAACAUCAACAAGUACUAUAAAAGAACGAUGGAGAAUGGAAAGAAGCGUCCCGAUAAUGGUAAAACUUGCCCAUAUUUUCAUGAACUUGACACUUUAUAUAAAAGUGGACUUAUUAAUCCGGGAAAUGCUUGUCUUUGUAUAAAGAAUGAGAUCGAGGACAAGAGUGUGGAGGAGUAAAUAUUGGCGAACUAUAUUUACCUUUGGUGUCCACCAUGACCUUGAAGAAAGAGCUGUUGGAGUGAAGUAUGAUAGGCACCUCGUAACUAUAUAUUUUAUUGUGCCUUGAUGUCUUUUUGCAGUAUUCUUGCACCACCUUUAAUGUUCUUUGGUUGUACGUUACAAUUUUGCGCCUGAUUGGCUGUGAAUGAGGUUUGUUUGCGAUUGCAAUUGCAAUUGCAAUUGAAUAAACAGAAAAAGAAAAAAAUGCAGUUUUUGUCAA